GCAUUUCAAUGGAUGGAAUUUCUGAUUGUUCAGCCCGACUUUUUCAAUGUUUAUUGUUCUAAAAUCCCCUCAUUAUGCAAUUUAUUGGUGGCACAGACUACAUUUUCUGCAUAUGGCGCAACCCUGUGGUGAUGAUGAUCCUGAAUGGAUAAAAAGGGUGAGAUCAGAAGGUCCUGUUCCAUAUCUUGAUCCUGAUAAUUGUUCCACUGGUUGGGCGUCUCCAUCUGGGGAUAUUUUCAUGGUGAGAGGCCCAGAGUACUUUUCAAAUAAAGUCAAAAUUCCGGGGGGUGAAUAUCUUCUGAAGCCUCUAGGUUUUGAUUGGAUCAGAGGUCCUUCAAAACUUUCUGAUCUCUUGCAUAAUCCCAAAAACCGUAUUAGGAAGGCUCUUGAGGAAGAAUUUCCAUCGGGUCCGAAGCCUUUUGUUUGGGCUUUCAACUUGCAAGUUCCUACUAAGGAAAACUACAGUGCUGUUGCAUACUUUGUUGCUGUGGGGUCCAUCGUGGAGGGAUCAUUGAUGGAUCAGUUCAUGAAAGGAGAUCUUGAAUUUAGAACUUCGAGACUAAAAUUGGUAGCCAAUAUUUUUAAAGGACCUUGGAUUGUAAAAAAAGCAGUUGGAGAGCAGGCUAUUUGUGUAAUUGGGCGGGCACUUAAUUGCAGUUAUUGUGCUGGAGACAAUUUCAUAGAAAUAGAUGUAGAUAUUGGAUCCUCUGUGGUUGCAAAUGCAAUUGUUCAUCUUGCAUUCAAUUAUUUAACAAAGCUCACUGUUGAUUUAGCUUUUCUCAUUGAGAGCCAGACUGAAUCAGAACUUCCAGAACGACUUCUUGGAGCUAUAAGAUUCUCUGAGCUGAACCCCGAAUCAGCAAUUCCAGUUGAAAUCCCACCUCAGCGGAAAUUGGAAAGGACAAAAUCAUCAUUUGCACGGUUAUGGAAGUCACUUGGAAGUAGUUUGUCACGAUUGCGUAAGGGUCAAGAAAGUGAAACCAGUUCUGGUACUUCUGGAGAAUCACAUACCAAUGGGGUUGUCGAUGGAGAGAAAAGUGAUGAAAUGCAUGUUCAAGAACGUGGCGCUAGUUCUGGAGAAACACAUACCAAUGGGGUUGUUGAUGGAGAGAAAAGUGAUGAAAUGCCUGCUCAAGAAAGUGGUGCUAGUUCUGGAGAAUCAAAUGUGAAUGGGGUUGCCGAUGGAGAGAAAAGUGAUAAAAUCCCUGCUCAAGAAAGUGGCGCAAGUUCUGGAGAAUCACAUACCAAUGGGGUUGUCGGUGAAGAGAAAAGUGAUGAAAUGCCUGCUCAAGAAAGUGGAGCUAGUUCUGGGGAAUCACAUACCAAUGUGGUUGUCGAUGGAGAGAAAACUGAUCAAAUGCCUGCUCAAGAAAGUGGCGUUAGUUCUGGAGAAUUACAUACCAAUGUGGUUGUUGAUGGAGAGAAAAUCCAUGAAAUUCCUGCUCAAGAAAGUGGUGCUAGUUCUGGAGAAUCACAUACUGAUGUGGUUGUUGAUGGAGAGAAAAAUUAUGAAAUGCCUGCUCAAGAAAGUGGUGCUAGUUCUGGAGAAUCACAUACCGAUGCGGUGGUUGAUGGAGAGAGUGAUGAAAUGCCUGCUCAAGAAAGUGGUGCUAGUUCUGGAGAAUCACAUGCCAAUGUGGUUGUCGAUGAAGAGAAAAACCAUGGAAUUCCUGCUCAAGAAAGUGGUGCUAGUUCUGGAGAACCACAUACCGAUGCGGUGGUUGAUGGAGAGAAAAGUGAUGAAAUGCCUGCUCAAGAAAGUGGUGCUAGUUCUGGAGAAUCACAUACCAAUGUGGUUGCCGAUGAAGAGAAAAGUCAUGAAAUGCCUGCUCAAGAAAGUGGUGCUAGUUCUGGAGAAUCACAUACCAAUGGGGUUGUCGAUGGAGAGAAAAAUGAUGAAAUCUAGACAACUAGUAAGUGUGCAAUGGCCAGCUACAAAUUCAAUUAAUUGCUUUUUAUUUUCAUGUUGCAAUGUUGUUCAUACUGCUUUGGUCUCACUUGAACCAUAGGCUGUUAAUAAGCUAUAAGCUAUUCGACUAGGCUUAAGUUUUCCUUUCAAAAAUAUUCUAUAAUUAAUUUGAUCCGACUUUCAAUGAUGUUACAGUUACCUUUUAUUACAUUAUUUUCCUGGAAAACUCAACCAUCCGGAAUUUCCUACAAAAUGUGUUUUCAUGUUUUUUUUAUUUUAAUCUUUGUUCCUGCUGAAAUGUUUCUCUCCAGUUCUAAGUCUUAAAUCUUUCAAGGAUACUUCCCUGCUAACUACUCAAAGUUCUUUACAUAUUAUCUGUGGAUUUUUACUACUCGCUCUUCACAAUCCUUUCAACACAUUCCUUUACAAA